GAAAUAGCCACUUGUGGCUUGACAUCCUCACACACUAGUCAUCGGUGUGAAAUAGAUCCGCAAGGUCUCAGCGAUUCCUUCUGCAGAGCCGCUUUCCGAAUUAAGAAUGAAAGAACUCCACUUUAAGGACAAUUUUUGGAGUCCUGACAUCACCAGCACUCCGGGAUAUGACAGCAUCAUUCAGCAUCUAAACGAUGGAAAGAGGACAUGCAAGGAGAUUGAGGAUUUUAUGAAAGCCAGGGCCUCGAUAGAAGAGAAAUAUGCCAAGGAUUUACUGAGUUUGUCUAAGAAGGUCUGUGGCCAUAAUGAAAUGAACACACUGAAACGCUCACUGGAUGUUUUCAAACUGCAGACAGAAAACGUGAGCUUGUCACAUCUUCAGCUGGCACAAGCAAUGCGCGAUGAGGCGAAAAAAAUGGAGGAGUUCAGGGAGAAGCAGAAGGAAAUGAGGAAAAAGGUCGAACAGCAAAUGGAUGCUUUACACAAGCAGAGGGCAACACAAUACAAGAAAACCAUGGAUUCAAAGAAGUCCUACGAGCAGAAGUGCCGUGACAAAGAAGAAGCUGAGCAGGCAAUGAACCGGAGUGCCAGCAGCAACAACACCAAACAGCAAGAGAAGCUAUUUGCAAAAGCACAGCAAGCAAAAAUGGCAGCUGACGAGGCAGAUAGAAUAUACAACCAUAAUGUCUCUGUACUGGGACAAAUCCGUGAGGACUGGCUAAAAGAACAUGUCAAAGCAUGUGAGGCCUUUGAGAAGCAGGAAGUGGAAAGGAUAGGUACCACGCGGAACAUUGUGUGGACUCACCUCAACCAGCUCUCUCAGCAGUGUGUCACCAGUGAUGAGCUGUAUGAAGAUGUGCGAAAGUCCCUGGAGCAGUGUGACAUUCAAGAGGACAUAGAGCACUUUAUCAACCUCCGGAGGACUGGGGACAAGCCACCAGCGCCCAUCCUAUAUGAGAACUUCUACAGCAAUCAGAGGGCCUCGGUGGCUCCUGGACGACCGGGGCCCCCAGGACCUGUGGGUGGCAGGAGAGGUCCACUGCCUACACCAAGGAAUGCAGAAAGUGAUGUGGCUUAUUCAGUUAUCCACGAUCCUGGUUACAGUGUAAUACGAUACUAGUACAUAAUGGAGAUGGAGUAUGCAUGGAUCUAUUUCUUCAUUGGGCCCAACCCUACGCUCAGUAUGGCCACCAAACCGGUUUUGCAUCAAUUUGAAUAACUUUCAUUCUAUGCUCUCAUCCAUCAUAUAUUUGGCACAUUUUUCCAUGGUUCUAUAACUCUGACCACACCCAGCCCCCCAUUCACUAUGGUACACAUUACUCCUGUGUCAUAUGCAUAAAUUAAUUUUCGAAACAAUUUGGUCGCCCACAAUUUUUCAGCAGUCACGUGUUGUGCUAAUUCCUCCAAUGUCUCUUGAGGUAGCAAAGACCAUAGCUUAGAGUCACCAGCCUUUGAAAGCUUUUUGGUUUCCUAUAACCUCCAGUGUGUAUUUAUUUUUUAUAUACUCAGGGAAAUGCAUACAUUCUCAGAAAAGGACAGUUUCAUAUAAUUAUUAAAUAUAUUCAGAUUAUAGGCUUUUAAAAUAUUUUCUUGUUUCCUUCGGCUUUGUAUUGUUAAUAUGAAUUUGUAUUGGAUGCUAUCUCUUGGAUAGCUCAACACAUAUGAUGUGAAGAAAUAGUAUUGGGAAUUGUGCUUUAAAUGGCUUUACAAAGGCAGAAUAAUUUAUUAUUGUUUAAUUUCCUUUUAAAUGUUUUGAAUGUAUGUUAUGACCAAUGGAAUAAAUGAACAUGUGCCACUGC